AUGUCACUGCGACCAAAUACUUUUAAAGGGUCAACGUCAGCCCGUUUUGUUAAAAAUCAGAUGACAACCAACUAUAGAAAUUCUAAUGAUUACCGCCAGCAAAAUGGGAGAAACCAGCAGCAACAACAACCAGUUGAUCCUUAUGUGGCUAAUAAUCCUAUGCUUAAUGAUUCAAUACAAAAGAAAGAAUUGGUUGAACGAAUAGACCACAUUGACUCGAUUAUGGGCUUUGAUCGUUUAGAACACGGAGAGAAUGACGGGAAUAAACCUCGAAAAGGUUGGUUAAUCAACAUGCACGCCACAACCAUCCCCACUGAUGAUUAUUUAACAGGAUAUUCCGGGGUAGAUUAUUAUUUCUUAGAUGAAGAAGGUGGAAGUUUUAAAGCCACACUACAAUUUGAUCCAUAUUUUUUUGUUGACGUGUUACCAGGAGAUCAUGAACUGGAAGUUGAAGAGUGGAUGAGAAAGUAUUUAGAAUCUGCAAACGUUAAAGGUUUUGGUCGAGUCAUAAAAGAAGAUUUGAAAUUACCUAACCAUUUGUUGGGUUUGAAGAAAACCUUGAUUAAACUAAGUUUCCAUAACAUUCAAGAUUUACUAGCAGCAAGAAGGUUAUUAUCACCCAUUAUCAAAGAUAAUCAACUAAAACGAGAAUCACGGAAUAUGUAUACGUUUAAAGAAAUAGAAACAAUAAUGGACCCCUCGGUAUACAUAGAUGAUAUAAGGGAAUAUGACGUUCCAUACCAUGUGAGAGUCUCGAUAGACAAAAAUGUUAGAGUUGGGAAAUGGUACGAUGUUUAUGCAAAGCAUUCCAAAGUUGAGUUCGUUGAAGAUAAAGAAAAAAUUGCAUUUGCCGAUCCGGUUGUGUUGGCAUUCGAUAUUGAAACAACCAAGGCACCUUUGAAGUUCCCCGAUGCCAAAAUUGAUCAAAUUAUGAUGAUAUCGUAUAUGAUAGACGGUGAAGGGUUUUUGAUUACAAACAGAGAGAUCAUUUCAGAAGACAUUGAUGAUUUUGAAUAUACUCCAAAACCUGAGUACCCAGGUAUGUUUACAAUUUUUAAUGAACCCGAUGAAAAGCAUGCGUUGAAGAGAUUUUUUGAACAUAUACGUGAUGUGAAACCAACUGUCAUUGCAACGUUCAAUGGUGAUUUUUUUGAUUGGCCAUUUGUGGAGAAUAGAACAAGAUUUCAUGAUAUGGACAUGUUUGAAGAAAUUGGGUUUGCCAAAGAUAAUGAAGGUGAGUAUAAGUCAAAAUAUUGUGUUCAUAUGGAUUGUUUCCGAUGGGUCAAAAGAGAUUCGUACUUGCCACAAGGGUCUCAAGGUUUGAAAGCAGUCACUACUGCUAAAUUGGGAUAUAACCCAACAGAAUUGGAUCCAGAAUUGAUGACCCCCUACGCUUAUGAUAAACCACAAUUGCUUUCUGAAUAUUCUGUUUCUGAUGCCGUUGCCACAUACUACUUGUAUUAUAAGUAUGUUCAUCCAUUCAUUUUUUCCUUGUGUACCAUUAUUCCAUUAAAUCCAGACGAGGUUUUGAGAAAAGGUACUGGUACGUUAUGUGAAAUGUUGCUUUCCGUGCAAGCAUACGAGGGAAACAUUUUAUUGCCUAACAAACAUUCUGAUCCAAUUGAAAGGUUUUACGAUGGUCAUUUACUAGAAUCUGAAACCUAUGUGGGAGGACACGUUGAGUCUUUGGAGGCUGGUGUGUUCCGAAGUGAUAUACCUACGCAUUUCAAGAUUGAUCCUAGUGCUAUCGAUGAACUAUUGGGAAACUUGCAUAACUCCAUCAAGUUUUGUAUUGAAGUUGAGAAUGGCAAGAAAAUGGAAGAUGUUGAUAAUUUUGACGAAAUCUAUUCACGGAUUGAAUCAAGUUUGUUGGAGUUGAAAAAUAAUCCGUCGAGAGAGGAGAAACCAUUAAUUUAUCACGUCGAUGUGGCAUCAAUGUAUCCAAAUAUUAUGACAUCCAACCGUUUGCAACCAGAUUCAAUGAAAUCAGAAGAAGAUUGUGCUGCCUGUGAUUUCAACCGUCCUGGGAAAAACUGUGAUCGAAGACUACCUUGGGCAUGGAGAGGUGAAUACUAUCCUGCUGAAAUGAAUGAAUACAAUAUGAUUAAACGAACUUUGCAAAAUGAAACCUUCCCCGGAGCUAGACCAUGGUUGCCUCCUAGAACUUUUGAUGAAUUGUCUUAUGCUGAGCAAGCAGCAAAGAUCAAAAAGAGAAUAUCAGAUUAUUCUCGGAAAGUUUAUCAUAGAGUCAAAUCCAGUAAAGUUGUUACCAGAGAGGCAAUCAUUUGUCAACGAGAAAACCCGUUUUAUGUCGACACUGUCAGAAGUUUCCGUGACAGAAGAUACGAGUUUAAAGGGUUAGCUAAAGUGUGGAAGGGGAAAGUUGGUAAAAUUGCAGCAAAUGACACAAUUGCCAAAGAUGAAGCCAAAAAAAUGGUAGUGCUUUAUGAUUCCUUGCAGUUGGCACAUAAAGUUAUUUUGAAUUCCUUCUAUGGGUAUGUUAUGAGAAAAGGUUCACGUUGGUACUCUAUGGAAAUGGCCGGUGUUACUUGUCUUACCGGUGCAACAAUUAUCCAAAUGGCGAGAGCGUUGGUUGAACGAAUUGGUAGACCAUUAGAAUUAGAUACCGAUGGUAUUUGGUGUAUUCUUCCUAAAUCAUUCCCAGAGAAUUUCAAUCUAAAAUGUAAAGAUGGAAAAAAGAUCUUUUUGGAGUACCCGUGCUCUAUGUUGAAUUAUUUGGUUCAUGAAAAAUUUACAAAUCAUCAAUAUCAAGAUUUGGUUGACCCUGACACCUUCAAAUACAAAACACGUUCGGAUAAUUCCAUUUUCUUUGAAGUUGAUGGUCCUUAUAAAGCAAUGAUUUUACCAACAUCAAAAGAAGAAGGGAAAGGGUUGAAAAAGAGAUAUGCAGUUUUCAAUGAAGAUGGUUCGUUAGCAGAAUUAAAAGGAUUUGAAUUGAAAAGAAGAGGAGAAUUGCAAUUGAUCAAAAAUUUCCAAUCUGAUAUAUUCAAGUUAUUUUUGGAAGGAGAUACUUUAGACACAUGUUAUCAAGCUGUUGCAACGGUGGCAAACAAUUGGUUGGAUGUAUUGGACACAAAGGGAGGCAUGCUUGAAGAUGAAGAUUUAAUUGAGUUGAUUUGUGAAAACAGAAGUAUGUCUAAAAGUUUGGCGGAGUAUGGAGAUCAAAAAUCUACUUCUAUUACCACUGCGAAAAGAUUAGGUGAGUUUUUAGGGGAGGAAAUGGUUAAAGAUGCCGGUUUAGCUACCAAAUAUAUUAUUAGUGCCAAGCCAAUAGGGUCUCCAGUCACUGAAAGGGCAAUUCCGGUAUCUAUUUUUUCUUCCGAUAAAAAAGAAAUAUUUUUGAAGAAAUGGUUAAAAGAUCCAUCUUUAAACAAAUUUAGUCCAAGGGAUGUUAUUGACUGGAAUUAUUAUUAUGAGAGAUUAGCAUCAGUGGUACAAAAGAUUAUUACUAUUCCAGCAGCUCUUCAAAAUGUCAAAAAUCCCGUCCCCAGAGUGCCUCAUCCAGAUUGGCUUCAAAGAAAAGUGAAAAGCAGUGAAGAUACUAUGCAACAAAAAUCAAUUUCGAAUUUCUUUAAGCAGACCACUAAAGAAAACAUCAAACUUAAAGAUAUAGAAGAUUUUGGUGAAGUUGAUGCUUCUGUGCCAAAGGGUAAAGUAGUUAAGGUUACUUCAAGAAAGAGAAAGUCUGGAAAGGCUAAUAUAGUUGAUGAUGCUGAAGAAGAUGAAAAGAAUCAAGCAAUUUUGAAUGGGCCAUGUCCAUCUAUGACGGAGGAUUAUCAAGGAUUUUUACAAUACCAAAAGGCAAAAUGGAAAGUCCAACAAGCUGGUCGAGAAAGACGAAGAAGAUUAUUUGGAACAAAUUCAGAGAGUUCACAAAGGUCUACUGUGGGAGGAAUGUUCAGGAAACGAGCUGAGAAUAUAGCUGGGUCAAAUUGGGAAAUCUUAGAGUACAAGCUAGACUCAACUAAGCCAGGGGAUUUGAAGGUAUAUGUAAGAGCUAGUGAUAAAGUUCACACAUUUACUUUCCAUGUUCCUAAAAAAGUUUAUGCUUCUUUCAAGACCAAGUUGUCUCAAAGGAAAAGUAUUCCUGGGUGUGAAAUCGAGGAAUCAAAUGCAAUUUUACCAAAUGGUCAUGAUGGUACAAAUCUAUACAAACUUACGAUGGCACAAUCUGUUUUCCAAGAACAAAUGAGUGAUGUGGAUAGUUUAUUACAGGACUCGAAUAUCAGGGGGCUUUAUGAAAGUAACAUUGAUCCUGUGUCUCGAGCUAUAAUAGAGUUGGGUAACACUAUUAAAUUUGAUGAUACAAGAGUAGGUGCUUUAGGGAAGGGGUUGAAAACUGGGUUCAAUACCAGAGAAUUGAUCAAAGUAAGUUCUGAGAGUUACUUGAGAAAGUUUGAUAUGGAUAUAGUUUAUUUGUUGCAUAUUGUUACCAACAGUUAUGAGUUUUUCGCUCUUUUUACUACUUGGGAGAAUGACUGUCAAAUGUUUGUUUUGAAGCCAUCUGCUAAUGCACAGGAAUUGCCAAGUAAUAUGCAUAAGAUUUAUCGUGACAUAUAUGAAUCCAAAAUGGAGAAAUUGGAGAAAGUCCUGAAUGUUGUGAAUUACCCUGCUGAAAUGUCAUUUGAUGUGAAAUAUUACCAUGACAGUGCCAAGUUGUUCAAGAAACUUAACCAAGUUAUUGGGAAAAUCCAUGAAAGCAGAAGCAACAAAGCAUUUUUAGCAAUACAAUCGCCGUAUUCCAGUAGAAUUUUAAACGUUUUGAAUACAACUGAAGAUUUCCCAACUAUUAAGAUGAAUAUCAGUGAAUUGUCCUUGCCAGCAGUUGGAUGGCAAUCGUUGAUUUCAAAGCGUGUGAUCAAUCAUUAUUUUGUUUUAGGGUCCUGGAUAAAGAACUUGACUGCAUUCGCUAAAUAUGCCAAUAUUCCGCUUUGUAACUUGCAGAUUGAAAAUAUUGGCUUUUUAGUUGAUAUUGAGUAUGCAAGAAGACUAAGUGAGAACAAUAUUGUGUUGUGGUGGUCUCCAAAUCCUUUGCCAGACCUUGGUGGGUUUGAGAUGGAUAGAAUGAUAGACUUUGACAGCUUGGCUUUCCCCACCAUUAACAAUCCAGAGAUUUACGAAACUGCAUGUUUGGAAGUUGAAAUUGGAACUUUGACUAUAAAUACAAUACUUACCAGUGCGCUUAUUAACGAAGCAGAGGGAACUGAUUUGGCAGAUGAAAAUAUGCAUUUUGAUAAAAAUAACGGUGCUUCCACUUUUGCUGAAGAUUCCUUUUCGAGUCCUGCAUUGUCAAUACUCAGAUCAAUGGUGAAAGAUUGGUGGGAUGAUGCAUUACGUAACAAUGUCAAUGCCGAUUCAAUAAUGAACACUUUAGUCACUUGGGUUCAGCGUAACGAUUCAAUGUUAUAUGAUCCUUCCUUACAUUAUCAUGUACAUAACUUAACUUCCAAGGCACUUUUGCAAUUAAUUAGUGAGUUCAAGCGAAUGGGGGCACAAGUGAUUUUUGCCAACAGGAACAAAUUGUUGAUUCAGACUUCCAAGAUUUCCGUGGAGAACUCAUACGCAUAUGGUCAAUAUAUUUUGAAAGCAGCCAGAUCUAAACCUUUGUUUAACUUUUUAGAUUUGAGAAUAGUCAAGUAUUGGGAUAUUUUGAUAUGGAUGGAUGAAUUUAAUUAUGGAGGUAGAAGCUGUACGGAAAUUGUCAAUGAAGAAAUGCAAAACUUGGUUCCAGAAAAUCAUUGGCACUUGCAAAAGUUCUUGCCAAUAAUAUUUCAAAAUGAAUUUGAAGAUUGGCUUGUGAUAUUCUUGGAUGCAUUGUCAAAAUAUAAAAAUGAGAAUUUACUUGGAAAGGGAGUUCAAGCAAAUACACCUAGAGUCACCCAAAUUGUUCACAUUUUAAAAGGUCAGAAAAAAUUACAAGCGCAAGAAGUAGAAGAAGAGGAAGUUGAUCAUGGAGUUAUCGAAACUUUUAAAAAACCAAUAUUACGAAGAAUUGAAAAAUUGUAUCGCCGACAACUUGAAGCCAUUCUUAAUCCCGAAUUUAAACAGGAAUAUGAAUUUCCAACCUUGGCCGGGUCUUAUUUGCAUAUGAAGAAUCCUGCUUUAGAAUUAGUGAAAUUUUUAUGUCAUGUGUUUGCAUUAUCAGAAAAAAGAUCUAAAGAAGUUAGAAUCUUGAAAAAAGAAUUAUUGUUAAUAUUUGAUGUUCGUGAUUUCAGUAAAGAUGCUACAUUUAGGGAUCCUUGUACAUCUUUGAAACUUCCUCACGUGAUAUGUGAUUAUUGUAAUCAUAUAAGGGAUAUUGAUUUAUGUCGUGAAGAAGAAAUCAAUAUUUGGAACUGUUUAAAUUGCCACAAAGCGUAUAAUAAGAUUGCUCUUGAAGAGGAAAUUAUCAACCAGUUUAACAAAUUGUUUGUCAAGUUUUAUGGUCAGGAUUUGAAGUGUAAUAAAUGUAAUCAAAUAAGACAGAACAACAUGGACUUACAUUGUAAAUGUUCUGGAAAUUGGGUCGAAACUAUUGGUUAUCACAUAGUUGAAAAACAAUUUCAAACAUUUGUGAAUGUGGCAAAAUUCUAUAAUUUACAGUUAUUGAAUGGCUUAGUUGAAGAGAUUGUUUGA